AUGGAUUCUAUCGAGUCUGAAGCAUUUGAACCAAGACAAACUUUGGUUAACGCCAUAAAGAAUGUUAUCCGUGAUUAUGCAUGGGAGCACAUUAUCCGCGAAUUUCUUCAAAACGCAGAUGAUGCAGGCGCACGGAUAUAUCGUGUCAUUAUCGACGAACGCAUACAUACGCCUGAAACCGGCGAUUUUAAAAAUAUGGCGGUUUGGCAAGGACCAGCUUUAUUAAUAUUUAAUGAUGCCAAGUUUAAAGAUGAAGAUUUCAGAGGUAUACAGAAUUUCGGUGAAGGAGGAAAACAAGACGAUGGAAAUACGAUUGGGAGAUUCGGUCUAGGAUUUAAUUCGUGCUAUAAUAUCACCGACGUCCCUUCUGUUAUGAGCGAUGGCUUCCUUGGUUUUUUUGAUCCACACCGAACGUUUCUUCCACCAAAGAACGGGAAGCAAUUGGAUGGCUUGAAAUUUCCAUUCAAUUCUAACUUUCUUGAAAAAUACCCGCAUCAGGCUAGACCGUAUCUAGACAUCAAAGGCUGUUCUGAAGGCACAAUUUUCCGGAUGCCCUUACGCUCAGUAGAACUUGCUGAAGCUAGCAAGAUUCGGGAUUAUGCAAUAACCCCUGGUCAAAUUCGCGAAUAUUUGAAAGAUCUGAAAAAUCAUAUCCAAAAGUAUUUCUUGUUUUUGAAAAAUAUCGAGGAAUUCGAAGUUUUAUCAAUUAGUGCGGACGGCGCACCCUCAUCGCCAAAGUUAGUAUGGAAAGCGAAAAUAGAAAAUAUGGACGAAUCUAUUCGUGAGCAACGAAGACGCGCGGACGAUUGUGGUCGUCAGUACCCGUUGUCGAUUAAGGUGACCGGCGAUGACGAAAAAGAAGAUAAUUUCAAAUAUGUCUGCUCUAUUGGAUACCAAAUGCUGGAUGAGUCAACCGAGUUAGGGACAGCAACGAAAAGUAGCACUCGCAAAGUUUGCGGAGGUAUUGCUUUUCUCUUAUUGGAAACAGAUAAACCUGUAGACGAGACCAAGGAGUCUGAAAAAAAACCCGUAAAAGCCCCCCAAAAAAAAACAAAAAAAGGAAAUGGAAAGAGAAUUGGAGAGGAUGGACAGUUAUUCUGUUACUUUCCGUUACAGGAGAGUACUGGAAUUUGUGCUCAUAUCAAUGCUUCGUGGGCGUUAUCAUCAGACCGACAAAGCAUACGAUUUCCUACUAAAUCUAAACAAAAGGACAUGGAUCAAGAUCAUUUGAAACUGAAGUGGAAUGAAUAUAUACUUACGAGAGUAUUACCGAGGCUAUACGUGGAUCUUUUAAUAGCGCUUGACCAGUGCGAAGGCUUCGAAUUACCAAAAACUAAUAAUCGCCGUCCAAUUGAGCUGUUUUGGCCAUUAUCCAAGAAUAAGCAACAAAAAGACCACUUUCGCAUGUAUGGACUGACAGUUUUAACAAUACUUCCAAGUGAUUAUCCCUUUUUUAGACUUUACGGUUCACCCGACCAAAAGGUUUCUCUAAAAAAAGGGUUUUUUUGCUCUCAAGAAAGCGUUGCGAAAGCCCUCGCGCAUUAUGGCUGUCGUGUAGUAUAUUUACCUUCUUAUAGGAUCAAAGAUCUAAGAGAAUUAAAACGAAUAAGUGAAGAUCAGGUGGUCUCUUCUAACGAAGCGAGACGACAAUUAAAGGACAAAGAACUAGCUACCUUCCUGAGUGCAGACGAAUGCGAGAAUGUCCUCAAGUUCCUGAUGGACGAUAAGCGAUAUGAUGAGUUGAAAGGCAUUCGACUGCUACCAUUGAAGGAUGGCACUAUGAAAAGAUUUGGUGCUACAGACGAUUCGUCAUGUUAUUACACCGCAACGGAUAAUGAUCUAGCCCUGUUUCCAAAUUACGAUACAUCUCGACUAAUUGACAAAUCCAACAAGCUUUAUAAACUCAUUAGUGAUGUUGAGGGUGAUGUUUCUUCCUGGACAAAUGUGAAGAAAUUUGACGGGCAUGCGGCACUUUUACAGCUCGAGAAGCACUUAAACCCCGGUUUUGAAAUCAAACCUUGGGAUUCUUACGGGGGAGCUCCGAAUAAGGAAUGGUUAAACCGUGAAUGUCUUAACAAAAUAUGGGACUUGUUACUUAAAUCUAAAACAGAUAUAAAUCUGUUCAAAAGGUACCCGAUUCUCGACAUCGUCAAUGCCGAUAAUCCUGCUGAUACAUACCUAGUUCCAAUCGAGAGAAACAUUCCCGUUUUAAGUUUUGUGCAUGCACUGGUUGACAAAGAAUUGUACAAUAGCUUGAUCAAGCUCGGAAUUUUAUUCACUGGCAGAUCUAUCGACAAGCCGAAUGACAGUACUCGGAGGUAUAUACUUGAAUGGUCAGAUGUUAACGUGCUCACAGUUUUACAAAUGGUUUGGGAGAAUGAGGGCAAACCAAAAGACUUUUUAAAAUCUUGGAAUUCUGAAGCAGUUAAUAUUUUGAGGAAGCUUGUACGAAGAAACUGGUCCGAAAUCUGGGAAAAAGCGUCACCGGAAGAUCGGCGCGGCUAUGGAGACGUGCUCAAGAAUCUUCGCAUGUGGCCAAUUUAUCCUUUGCGUGAUAAUGAAGAGCAGCUUGUAGCACCAUCCGAAGGUAGAAUUCUCCAAAAAGAAGUAAAGUAUUAUCCCUCUCAGCAAAUUCCCAACAUAUUCAAGAUUGGUCCUGAAGAUAAUGAAGACUUUGAAAUUUUGUGCGCUCUCGGUGCUAAGAAGGUUACCGUAUAUGAGUAUUUGACAGUCGGUAAAAUACUACGUUCAGACGUUGGUGAAAAAACCGAGCUGUACGUGCGAUUUCUGGAAUCCAUUUUGGAAUUGCAACAAAGUGAAGUCUUGACAUAUCUCAAAGAAAACAAGAGUAUCCCGAAUCGAAGAGGCAAGUUAGCCAAGCCUAAAGAUCUUUUUGAUGAGAGGGUAGAAUUGUUUCGUGAAGUCUUUAACGGAGCCCCAGAAAAGCUGUUGAGUACGAGCUUUGAUACGAGCAGAGAUUCGAUGCGGAUAUUAUGUAAUAUUGGUCUAAAUGCAACAGUAACUCCACAUAGUUUCACAUCAUGUAUCGAGUACAUUUCAUCUCAAGUGGAGAAGGCAGUGGUUAGACGGCUCGAUACUGUUGGCUUUCGUAAUAAUGCCUUUGCCGCUUUGAAUUAUCUGUACAAUAAUUUCGCCAGUUUGACUUUCUCGAGCGAGCAGUGGCGGUAUAUCAUGACGGAAAAAUUUGUCCCAACUGCCCCAGUGCGUGAAACACCUCUCAGAUAUGACUUUGCUUUUGCUAAGGGUGGAUUUGGAUCAUUCAGGGAACUCUGCCUACCACAAUAUGUUGAUGUUGCUUGGACGCAAUCGCCAGUAAUCGACGAGAAUGCAGUUCCGAAAGGAAUUAUGAAACAGGCACAUCCGAAUUGCGGGAAGCCAAAGCCUGAAAGGAUUGUUGAACACUUGGUAUAUGUUUCUACCAAGUUGAUCACAUCUCCUAGAUGGAAGAAGGAAGGAAGGUAUGCAAUAAUCGAACUUACUAGAACUAUCUACCAAACUUUGAGUGAUAUGCUUACAGAGUAUGAGGGAGAUUCAGAUUUUGGAGAAUGCCUGGAAGACGCUGGGCCUGUUUUCUUGAACGUAGAAUGUGAUAAUAAGGAUGAUGACCCAUACGACUCGAGUAACUGGAAAGACGUUUCAGAGUUAAAGUUUGGAUCCACGAAACAAGAGCCUGAUUAUAUCAAAAAUAGUCUUCAGCCAUUUUCGAAAUUGCUCCAGGCCGUAGGAGUUGGGACAGUAAUUAGUAAGCGCUUAGAAGAACCCGAAUACGAUCAAUCUAAAUCAUUUCUCAAGGGUAUGAUGGAGCUUCUACUUAAAGGACCAACAAUACAUGAUACUGUCUUUAAAGUACAAGGACAAGAGUUCUAUGCCAAUAGAUACGUACUAGCAGCUAACGGAGGGAUGUUUGAACGGUUCAUUAGUAAUUCAAACUUCAAACCGCAUACUCCCUUAGAGCCAUCGAUUCACACUAUUACAGAAAUGCUACCACGAUCGUUCGAGAUAUUUUUGAGAUUUCUAUAUGGAAUGAAGAUUGAUGAUGCGAUUAAGAAUGUAGAAACUCCUAUGGAGGAUGAGAGCGAUUUGGUGCAGGUGUAUCUGGAUAUUCUAUGGGCUUCAGAUUAUUACAAAUUAGAUAAUCUGCAGGCAAUAAUGGAGAGUAGGUUAUCAUGCCAUUUGACACGUGUUAAUGUUGAUGAUAUCAAGAUUGCAGCUGAGGCGUGUGAGGCGACAAAAUUGGUGGAAGUUUGCGAUGAGUUUAUCCAGGAUAACGGUCUAAUAUGA